GUUUCUUUGUAGCCAUAGAAUUUCACAUUUUAUAAGUUUAACCUUUUGCUCUGCAGCAUUCAGCAACUCUGGCCAUGGCUGCUACCAUCACAUGCUCGCUCUCACUGCUCUUUAGCCUCCUCUCAGUUUCAAUCUUGGCAGUGAGGUCAAAUACCCUUAAGCAUGUAGGAACAGUUCCCCCAACAUGCAAACGCAUUGAAUGUCCCAGUUAUGAUGUUAUACAAGUAGGCAACGGUUAUGAAAUUCGUCGCUAUGAUUCCAGUGUUUGGAUUUCAAACCCUCCUAUUCAAGACAUUUCUAUUGUUGAAGCUACAAGAACUGGCUUCAGGAGGCUGUUUGAUUAUAUUCAGGGUGAGAACAACUACAAGCAGAAAAUUGAGAUGACAGCACCUGUGAUCAGUGAAGUUUUACCUAGUGAUGGACCCUUCUGUGAGUCCUCAUUUGUUGUGAGCUUCUAUGUGCCGAAAGAGAACCAGGCAAACCCGCCUCCGGCAAAGGGUCUCCAUGUUCAAAGAUGGAAAAGUGUGUAUGUGGCAGUUAGACAGUUUGGUGGAUUUGUCAAAGAUACUAAUGUUGGAGAGGAAGCUGCAGCCUUGAAGGAUAGUCUUGCUGGAACUAAGUGGGCUGCUGCCAUUGAGAAAAGCCAGAGCGCUGGUCAUGCUUCUGUUUACACUGUGGCACAGUACAAUGCCCCUUUUGAAUAUGACAAUAGGGUGAAUGAGAUAUGGUUCUUGUUUGAUAUUGAAAAUGUACCUCAUUCUAUGUGAAAUAUAUACCACAUAAGAUAGCAUGUGAUUGUAUGCUUUCAACGGGAAAGCAAUACCGAGAGUGCAGACUAAGGUGGUAGAACAUCUUGAAUUGAUGAAUAAAGUGUUUCACGUUUAGCGUAGUGCUUUCAGAUUGAGUUUUAUUUUCAUCCUAGUUAUGUAGUUUCAAGGUAAAUAUAGAAUACUAUUUUUUUUAAAUAAUAAAUUUAAAAAGUCUGCAGUCAAAUGCAACGUGAUUAUCAGUUUAUCACCUUUGUAUUAAAAGAAGAGAAAAAUGCAAAAUGAUUGCGGACAUUGGAGUAUCAUAUACCAAGUGUGAUUAGUAUUUACAGAAACUUGAUUUGCGAGUGCUGUAAUUUAUGUUAUAAACUUCAGCACAAAUAGUG